AAGUUUAAAACGUCAAAACAAACUCACGUGUGUUUUGCAUGUUUGGUGGUUGGAGUUUAGAAGUAUUUAAAUAAAUUAAUGAUAGUAUUACAAAAAUGGGUAAACGAAAAUAUGAAAACACGGAAAUAGAACCUUCGAAGAAGGUUAAAAAUGAUGAUUUAGAAAAUACCGAUGAGAUGGUAUCAGAGCAACCUCUAAAUCAUGAAACAUUACAAAGUAAAAAGGCUUUACAAAGGCAUAGUUUUGAUAUGAAACAUUUUAGGAAAGAAUUAGCUUCAAAGCAGGGCCAAACUAUGGUGUUAACACAGUUUCUGAAUGUAUGCUUGAACCCAGAUAAUGAAGUUGAUUAUAUACAUGAAUAUCUUAAGAUCGGUGGCAAUUCACAUGAGAUACUCCGGCAAAUAACACAAGAUAAUAAGAAAAAUCUCACUUUAGCAACACCGGCUUUUCAUCUAUUUCACCUUAUCAUUGUUAAGGUUCAAUCUUCCUUGCCACAUAUGAUUACAAUUACUGAAGAAGCUUGUCGCUACUUCCUCAACACAUUUAUACCAACAGUUGAGAUCAUGAUAAGUGAAAACUCCGGUCCACGGCACAGAAAAAUCAUCCUCAAUCUACUAACAUCUAUGGUAACAUUAAAUUCAGAUUUAGGUGUUGAAAUUCUCAAUCAAUUACCAUUGACACCGAAACAUUUACAAUAUAUUCUAGAAAAACCUAACUAUAAAGAAAAAGAUAACGUCAGAACAGCAUUUGUACAUUUCAUGACUUCUUUUUUAAUUGAAGGCCAUUUACCUCUAAUAAAAGCAUUGCUUGAAAAACAAGGUCUUCUUGGUCUUGUCAUACCAGGAUUGGUACACGAUGAAGCCGAAGCUGUAUUAAUAUUUUUAAAUAUUCUUAAAAAGAAUAUCAUUGAUAAUACAUUAAUAUCAAAAACAUUAAAACUUAAAACAUUUAAUCAACAAGUUUUAUAUAAUAUGUUUAAAGUAUUCUCAUGGAAAGGACCUCCGGAAAUGAAUGGUGAAUUAAAAAAUAAAUUACGUCCGGAAAUAACAAUUCUAUUAUCUGAUAUUAUGGUAACACUGUUCACAUCCCAUAGACUAGGUCUUUAUUUUAUUGAUAACUCAUUGGGCACUACAGAUGUGAACAAAAAUCCAAAUUUAUAUAAAGCCUUGCUCGGAUUAAAAAGACCAUGGGAGAAUGAAUAUGAAUGUGAGGUAAUACUGCAAAUAAUACAUAAAUGUCCUGAUUUGCACAGAGCUAUUAUAAGUGUUGUCGAUCAGAGCUUUCAGCCACAACAUUCGCCUAUUUGGGAAAGAACAGUAGAAUUUCUUAUAAAAUUAAUUGAGAAAUUAAAACCCGAGGAUAUUGUGAGUAAAAUGCAUAAGUUAACACCUCUACAAACGGCAAAUUUUGUAAGAUUUAUAACACUUCCUGUGCCUUUAUUAAAACAUAUUCAACCAAAUAUCGGACAAGAUCAAACAAUAUCUUUAUAUUGUGCUAAAGUAUUAGUGAAAAUGUUACAAAUGUUGAAGCGUUAUAUUCAGAUUUUAGAAUCAAUUGAUAAUCAGACACUUGUUGUAGAACUUAGGAGUAAAUUGGAAUAUUUCGUCCCGAAACAUUUACCUCCACCAACAGCUAUAGUGUCAUUAAUUAAAAAUGUUAUGAGUGACUCAAAUUCUGCAGACGCAACACAAGAUUACAGAUUACCUAAACCUGAUGAAGCGGAAUCUUUACUAGUACUUAUAGAUUUACUACUUCUAUACAAUUCUAUCCAUCCAGCAUUCUUUGAAUCACUUGAAGGGAAUAUAGAUAUUAAAAGCAUCCUUGAUCAUUCAAAGACCAUUUCUAAUACAUGUUUAUUGAAAUUUAAAAUAGUCUCAUUAUGGCUUAUGCUGGACAGUUCUACAGUUUCCACUAAAAAUCCAAUGUUCAAAGAUCUAUUCCGUAUAAUGUUAGAUGUCUAUACAAACGACAGUGAUAAUACUUGGAUAGAAGCGAAAGACACUUUACAUGUGUUCUUUAAGAAUACAAACAUUUUUGAAGACGACGAAGACGAAAUUCAUCUUAUUUUAUAUGCAUUACGUAAAGUUAAAGUUAACCCUAUAUCUUUAAUUGGUGAUAUUGUUGAAUAUGCUAUAACUAAUAAAAAAGAAUUAACUGCUUUAGUGAGGAAUCAAAUUAAUUCUUUAGAAAUAGAAACAAAAGACGAGAAUCUAGAAGCACUAUUUAAUGGACUGAUGAAAAAUAAAUGCAAUGACGAUAACGUUUUUAUGGAAAAUAAAGUACCUUCGCCAUUUGUUGUCGCUUGCAUACAGUAUACGAUGCCUAACAAAGACGCAAAGAAAAGCUUAAAGCAGUUUUUAUCUCUAUACAUAGCGAAUUUACUUCAUUGCAAUUAUUCUCCAGAACUGACAGAAAUUUUAAUGGGAGAUUCAAAAGUGGACGUAAGAAAUUAUGUCGCAAGUUGGAUGGGAGAACCGAUUGCUUUACAAGAUGGCGUCGUUGGAAAAGAUAAUGUUUUAUGUAAUUUAUCCCGAUCUCUCAUUGCUAAUGAAGAUUUAGCACUCGAGGAAAUAUUUACUUUCCUAGAAAAGUCUACAGAAGAGGAAAAAGACAUAGAAAUUUCGGGUAGUUCUUUAAAAAUAGCACAAGCUGUGGACAGUUCGGAAUUGUUAAUAUGGGCGAGAUAUCUGGUAUUUUGUGUUGUGAAAUUAACACAAAUGAAUAGAUUUACGGAAGUCGAAGAAGAUAAAAUAAAACUUUAUAUUGAUUGUUUAAUUGACAUUUGUAAAAAGCAGCACAUGAUACAAGUUUCACGAAAUAUUAUUCUGAAUAUGUUUAAGAAUUCACAUGUACUAAAAAUUUAUACACCAAUAGAACAGAAAAAGAAUGAAAGCAACGUUCUUGUGACAAAACUACUUCUCCACGUGUUGACUCAAUAUUCAGAAAUCGUCAAUUAUUUGGAUCGUAAGAAAAAUAUCUUACUACCCUACCAAAUUAAGAAUUGUAAAGAGAUUAUGAAUAUAUUAAAAAAGAUUAAAAAGAAGAAGUAUAUUAAAUCAGAACAGACAGUAAAGGUUCUUGAAGAAGUUGGAUUGCGCAGAAAAGACGACAUGAUAAUUUUAAACCAUAUAUUUAACGCUGACUUAAAUACUUGUGUUAGUGAAGACAAAGAGCCAAGUCUGUUAUUAGUUAUACUCUGUGUUAUUAUAACCAAGUAUUCAAAGUCAAUAAAAUUAGAUUUACCGCAAGACGCGUUGUUGAAAUCAUUAAAAAUGUACUGUCAGUUAUUAAAGAGUUUGGAAAUAAACGUAAAUUUAACAGACUUGGAAAUAGCGUUGACCAGUUAUUUUGAUAACAAACCGCAAUCGGUUACAUGUGUAUCUGAAGAUAUUUUUAGAUCAUUCUUUCAAACGAAUACGGUACGAAAAUCAACUUCACAGUUGGCUUACACUUUACUUAAAUUUGAUGAAAAGUUAUGCAAAAUUUUCAAAGAAGAAAUCGAUAGACCGCAAAUAUUAAGCCAAAGGGAAUUAACAUUACCCUUAGGUAAUGCCGUUUUAAAUCAUAAUACAUUUUUGUUAAAUAACAAAGAAUUUUUGACAAAAAUUUAUGAUGAAUACAAAUCUAAUAUUAACAAGUAUUUGGAAAAACCUCAUAAAGCAGGCCAAAUAUAUUUAACAACUUGGAAAUUUAUCAAAAAGUUGAUUAUCGAAUGCAUGGAUGUAAAGGAUUGCAAAAAAAUUCUAACAAAAACUCAUAAAUUUGAAGUGGUCGAUAUUGGCCAUAUAAAUUUAUUUCAAUCCGUAUUUCUAAAGAUUUGCAUAGAAGAAGAUAAUAAAAAAGACUACUUGAUUCAUUAUUAUUUAUCUAUCCUACAUCUACUAACUACCGCUAUUAAAGAAAAUGUAGAAAUGAACAUUGUAAAUGAAAUAGUACAUAAUAUAAUACAAGUAACCCAAGUUUCUAAACACAUAAUAGGAUUCAAUAUCGAAGAGAAACAAGAUUUUGCUAAGAUAACAGAAAAUAAUGUAUGGCAAAACUUUUGCAAAGCUGUCUUAAAAGCUUCUUUAAGAAUAAAGACUGCUAAUGAAUCUAUCGAAUCUGGAUCAAAACUUUUGUGUCUACUCACGAGACUUAUAAAGUUAUUUUAUUCGAAGGACCAUGAAGAUAUUAUAACACUAUUUGACAUGGUAACAUCCCACUCAGAAUUCUUAAACGUAAUGCUAAGUCAUCACAGUCUCGAAAUCAAAUCAAGAUUACUGGAGAUUCUUUUCGCAUUGAUAUCUAUAAAUAAAUCAGUGAUGAAACCACAACAGAUACCAGUGUACUUGAGUGCGUAUGGCGCGACCACAGGUUCAUGCGACAAGAUUAUAUUAUCUAUUUUACAUUACUACGAAAGCAAUCAACAACCCGUUAAUGAGUAUAAACCAUACGUAUGGGGUGAUUCCGCUGCUAAUUAUUAUGCUGUACGCAAAAAUAGAACCUCUUCGUUAUGGGGACAUCCGACCCCAAAUCAAGUGUUGAAUUUAUUCGAUAAAGAGAUCAUAGAAAGGACUGUACGAAAUUUUCCAGUCAAUCAAAAAUUAGAAUACAAUUAUGAAUUGCCUGAAUUCAAUGACGGUGGAGUUUCAAACAAAAAACACUCAUUCAAAAACGUUUUAAAUGAAUCUAACAUUAAACCAGUAAAUGACAAUGAAUCGGCAAUCAAAUGCUUAAUUGAAAAAUCUCGAUUUGAAUUAAUCAUGAUGAAAUUAAAACAGAAUGAUAUCACAGAAUGCUCUCACGUAGAUCCUGAUGCAGAAAUAUAUGACCCAGUGUUCGUAUUUUCUUUACUCAGUCAUCUCUUAGCUCCAGGAUCAGUUGCUUCGUGUUUCAAGUUACUGCGAACUGGUCUACUGUCAGUUCCUGUGAUGGCGUUAAGUUCCCACUGCCCAAUGAUGAGAUCAGCAGCUUAUCAUGUUCUUCAUAGAUUUUGUAUGCUGCUGGAAACUGAAACAAAACACAAAAACGACAAACUCUUCCUCGGCGAUUUCAUUACAACGUUACGUAUGAGUUUAUCUACCGCCAUAACUGAUUCAGCAAAUAAUGGACAGGACAAAAAUCCUCGUCUACCCGCAAUCGGUGCCUUGUAUUUAGCUAAAGCAUUAAUGGUAUCAACAGCACCUUUUGACCCACUUUACAAACCAGUCAAUAAUUUCUUCAUAGCGAAAGAAAUUGUUGAUCUUACAAAUGUUCCAGACUUCCUCAGUCUUUUCCACGACAGUGAUGUAGAAUCUAUCGAUAGAAGACAAUGGAUUCUUGAUAUAAUUAAGGAUGGAACUAAAACAAUGACCGAUGUUAACGUGGUAUUUAAAAGUAUGUGUUUGAAAAUGAUGAUGGACUUUUAUUCGACCGAAUUAUGUGAUCGUAAAACGAGAGAAAAGAUUAUAAGUGCUCUUAAUUCUAUAAUAACAGUUCCAAAGGCAUUUGACAUUUUAAUUAAGGGUUAUGGGUUUCUAUCGUGGUUUCAUUACGCUGUGAGGCAGAUACGGAAAGACGAGAAAUGUGUAGUCAUACAAAUGUUUACUUUAAUCAAAAGUAUGUUGUAUAGUUUACGAAUAGAUUCACUUACAAAAGUUUCUUUAGUAAACAAUGUUAACGGUAAAAUCGAGACAAUAAGUGUGAAGGUAGAUAAAGAAAUUGAAUUUAAAAUCUUGCUUAUUCUCAUUGAUUUAUCUAAUUAUUUAGAAGGAUUAGAACUUGCGGAUAUAUACGAAUAUGUGGGUAUAUACAAAAUUGUUUCAAAGAAAACUGUUAAGUUGUUAACUAAGAAACAAAUUUUAAAUUUAAUUAACAAAUGUGUUUCUUUAGUUAACGUUGACGAAACGGUACAUUUGUUGUCUAAAGCCGUUGCUAAUGGAGCUAGGAUUUUAAAAAGUAAAAAUGUUCUCAACUUAGAAGAUACCUCGAUGGAUACUUGUAUAUUUAAAGAAUUAACAAUUCUAGUGCAAACUUAUUUAACUUAAGAGUUUUAAGUCUGUUUUAUUUGUAAAUAAUUAUUGAAAUAAAUCAGUUUUUAAUAUA